AUGCAGCAUUGUUGGGAUGGCAUGAUCCUCAAAGCUAUCGAUAAAUACAAGAGUACCGAUGCGAAUGAUGGCAUUGCACAAGCUCGAUCAGAAAUUAACCAGCAAAAACCCACCAUGGUUGCAGGGCUCAACGAGAAGAUCGACAAUAUGAGCAAGAGUGGACUUGUCACGUUUGAUGAUCGAUCCUGGUUUCGAGAGGAAUGCAGUACUACAUUGAGUGAUCAACGGGGAUGA